AUGUCUUACGAAUUGUACGUCUUUGGCAGCAACUCGGAAGGCCAACUCGGCAUACCAGCCGCCGACAUCGUCAAUAUACCUACCAAGGUUUCCAAUACUCCUUCGCUUGACAAUCUGUUGGCGAUCAGGGGCGGAGAUAAUCACUCGCUUUUUUUAAGCAAGGAUAGAGCUGUCUAUGGUGUCGGUGACAAUCGCAAGGGUCAGCUAGGCUCAUUUGGAGGAGAGACCCAGUUUCAAAGUUUCAAAAAAGCACAUAGUCACAUUCUCUUCACCGCAGCUACCUGUGAGUCUUCAGCAUAUAUCUCGAAAGGUGGUGAGGACUCGCAGUCAUGCAUACUUACCGAAGGGUCUGGCCGAUGGGGAGAACUAGGCCGUGGAGAUCAAGUUGACUGCGGGCCAUUAGCAGAGUGCACAUCACUUCAAGGUGCAGUCAUCGACUUCAAUGCUGGCGUAUGGCACUACGUAGUCAUUCUCGAUGAUGGCUCAGUCUACGGCUGGGGCAAAGCUCGUCUAGGCCAGCUUGGUGACAAGCUUUCUGGCAAAGUCACAAGACCGACCAAGAUUGAAAACAUACCAUUUAAGCCAAGAAAGGUUGUCUGCGGAGCAGACUUUACCUAUCUCGUUGGCGAACCAUCUACAGGUGAGCACAUACUGCUCGGAAAAGACAAGUUCAACAUCAUCUCCAACAUGCCUGCCAACAUCAAAGGCUGGAAAGACAUUGGCGCCAUGUGGCAUGCCGUGUUCGUACUAUUCGAUGACGAUACUCUGGCUGCCUGGGGCAAAGAGAAUAUGUGGAAGUUAUUGCCGCCAGAUCUCCCUCUUUUGGAUAAGAUCUCUGUGGGUUCUGAUCACAUACUUGCUGUGACGAGGGAUGGCAAACUUAUAUCGUGGGGUUGGGGCAAACAUGGUAAUUGCGGUGAUUUAUCCAAGCUACAGGACGAAGUCAAGAACGAUAUGGUCAGCGGAUUUUGGAAUGAAAUUGAGUUACAAGGGGAAAUCGAAAAAAUAGGGGCUGGGUUUUGUACUUCCUUUGCAGUUGUAAAGUAA